AGCCUUCGAAUAGAGCAUUCUACUGUUCAGUGAGCACCUACCAAGUCAGUUGCAGGGAUUCAGAAUUUAUUGAAACAAUUGCACACUUUGAAAAGCUCACAGUGGAAGAAAGGUACAUAAACAGAAAGUUACUAUAUAAACAGCUAAAGGUUUGAAUGGGGGUAGGAAGGAAUGCUGUGGAUACACUGUGGAGACAGCCUCCACAGUAGGUAUCACUACGGGCAUGGCUUUUGAAGAAUCAACAGUUAACUGGGCCAAGAAGCAAGCACAAAAACGUCUUACAGGUCUGCCGAAAACAAGUUCAAAGAAAUGGUACUUUGGCAGCUAAAGCACGACAAGCCAUUCCAUGCCCACAGCAAAUCAUGCAAAGCACUAUGUGAUCUAGAGAUUAAAUAAACCGUGGCCUCUGCUCUAGGCAUAAAACAUAUUAACUAAAUACAAGACAAACUACUCACAAUGCAGUAAGCAUUGAGAAGAGGAAACUGAAUAGAACUCUGGUCCUGAGUACAAAGAUCAUUGGGGUGAGGGCGGGGACACAGGAGCACUCUCAUUAAAAAGAGGGUGGACGGUGUUUAAAAAAAAAAAAAAAAAAUCAAGGUUCGGCAAUAACAAGUCAGUUGUGAACAGAAAGGGGAGGAGGAAGCCUGCGCGUGAACUGAGGGAUUGGAACAGAAAAGUGGGUGGAGCCACUGGGCUCCACCCCCGCCCUCCCGCUCCCCUACAACCUACUUUCUGCAGAGUCGGUCUGGACAGGUGAGGGAGGAAUUCCUAACACCGAGCAUGGGCUGAGUGGAAGAAAUGGGAAGAUGGGGUCAGACAGGGAGCCUGGGGAGGGGCGAUGGUGCCAAGCCAGUUGUGGGGGAGACUGGAGAAGCCGCUUCUCUUCCUGUGCUGUGCCUCCUUCCUCCUGGGGCUCACUUUGCUGGGCAUACAGCCAGACAUCACCCCCGUUGCUUAUUUCUUUUUCGCCUUGGGUGGCUUCUUUUUGUUUGUCUGCCUCCUGGCCUGUUCUCUGGAAUGGGGAUUCCGAUCAAUGCAGACGGAGAACCCAGGGGCCUCGGGCAAUGCACGCGACAAUGAAGCCUUUGAGGUGCCAACCUACGAAGAAGCUGUGGUGCUGGAAUCACAAUGCCGCCCCCAACAGCUGGAUCAACCACCCCCCUACAGCAGUGUUGUAAUCCCUCCAGGACUUGAGGAAGGACAGCCCAGCCAUCCAGACGGCCCUGACAGAGCGAGACUAGGAAGGCGAGUGGGCUCAGAGGGGUCUGUGACUGGAAGAAUUCCAGUCAGCCUCCGGCUGCGGGGACCCCGGGUCAUGUCCACUGCUCCUGAUCUGCAGAGUUUGGGGGUGCACCCCACGUUGGAGCCUCUUACUCCACCCCCUGACUAUGAUGUCAGCUUUGAUCAACCGGAUGAUGAUGAUGUUUUCUUUGAAAACAACUGGACACCCCCCUAAAAGACUUUCCCACGAUAUAUUAUCAUCUCUGCACCAGA